GAUUUUUUUCUCAGGGAUUUGCACCUUGCGAGCUUGUAUAAAAUUUAACAUGCAAGUUGCUGUUUUACUGGUCUGUCAUGUAGUGCUCAAUGACGUAUAUGCGGAACUGUACACAAUUUGGUGUAUAGAACAGGUCGGGUCUAGGUUGCAAGUCCAAGUUUAACUCUUAAUUCGAUCAUCAAAUUAUUAUAGAUAUAAAGAAACGAUUGCAUCACGUUCUGAAACUUUUGCUCUUCGUACUCAAGGCCUGCCUAAAUAGAAACUGUAAUUUUGAUAUUUGUCUAGGUUAAAGAAUUUGCUUAAGAAAUUGUUUGUCCUCGUGACAUGUCUCCCAUUGGCAAACGGAUUGGGCAAUGUUCACAUUAUACAAGUUUUCAAAAUCAGCAUUUUCUGUCCCCAGAUUAAGGCGGUGCUGCGACAAGUUUAUGUUCAUAAUCGUUGUGAUAUCAAUGCUCUAGAUGACAUGCUCUAGAAUACUCUAGAUCCAUUGGAAGUUCUGCAGUGCGUGAAAUGACACGGAAUCAUGAAUCUCUUUGAGGCAUCCCUCAUGUAAUUUGAUACAGUUUUCUCGAAUCCAGCUCUCUUUAUAUUCUUUUACUAUCAUAUGAAAUCCCUCUUUAAAGCUAACAGUUCGAAAUGGAUUGAACUUGCAUUCCAUCCAUUGAACUGCAUCUUUUGUAUCAGUGUGGUUUUUUCAUGAAUUAUUCACAAUCCUCUUAACAUAACAGAUUGAAUCUUCUCGAGAUCAAAUAACAGCUCUACAAAAGGCUGUAAUUUAUAAGGAUGUGAAUUGGCCAGUAUCAUUUAGUUUAUGAACUUGCUAUAUAUCAGGACCAGUUUUCUUUCUGCGAUGUUUGCUUGCGAAACAAAGUGAGCCUUUGUCUUCGUUGAUUUGCUGCUGGUUCGUUUUCAUCAAUAAUUCUUUAGUUUAAUCAAGCAUAUAUGGUGUCGCAUAAAUUUUUAAUGCUCCUUAUAUGGAUUUAUAUAUACUUCAAAAUCAAAAACUGGCAAUCAAUUUUAAAGCCGACCAUACAUGUGCUAUGUCACCUUAGUGACACUGAUGUAAACAAUGAUGUGAAUGGCACUUACUUCAAAGGAACAUUUGUAUGCAUGAACGGAAAAGCGUGUGCGAGAAUAAUGCUAGCAAUUUUCUUGGGUACUGUCACACCUGUUUUUCAAGGGGAUGAAGAUGGUUUCUACAAACUAAUGGUCAGAGUAGACAUUCCUACGUGUUGCAAAAGAUCGGCAUUUUCCAUUCCAUAGUAUUCGUAAGCAGGUUCUUGAUUCAGUUUUUGGUUGAAUCGGCUGAUAUCCUCUAGAAAUCGUGUUUAGAGGCGAAAACAACAUGUAUGCCGCUGUAUUGCGUGAUAUUGCCGAAGAGCUAUUAGAGAUCAAUGGCAAAAGUAUUUUGAAUUCAACGAAUAUUACUGUAGAUUCUACGAAAAAUGAUUCUCGAGGUUCUCGAGACAUUAGCAAGUACACGGACUUUGAACGGAAUGCAUUUCCGAAAUGGGAUAGUGGGCAUCUUUUACAGCUAACAAUUGCCACUGGGGCUCUUAUAAUCCUGCUUAACUCGUACAUCAUUAGUUUGUUUGUACGCUUCAAGAUUUUAAGACACAAACAAAACAUUUUCCCGGCAAACAUGACUGUAUCUGAUGUGCUUGUGGGCCUAAUCGUGAUUCCGCUAUUUGUCGUCAGUGAGGAGACUACAACAAUUACAGAGAGUACGAAUUUUAUUUCCACACGUCGAAUUCAUCAUCAGAGUAGGGUUUUGUUGAUUUUCAACAAUCUUGUUAGCAUUUAUAGCUUAGCUGCUGUUAUUUCUCAUCGAGCGAUUGCCAUAUGCUUUCCGCUCAAACACCGACAGCAUUUUACAGCACGCAAGGCUGUUGUUGUGGUAGUAACAAUAUGGCUCUUAUCACUUGUUUUUGCCGCCAUAUCUUUUGCUGAGUACAAACCGUUGUAUGAUAAUGACCACCUCAAUGAUGCCACUCAACUGCUGAUUUUCUUAAACCAGCUUUUCAAGCAACUUGAAACAUACAAAUAUUACGAUGAUGUAUUCAUCUCUUUAUGCUUUCUUGCUACGACCGUAUCAGGAGUAGCGCUCCUUGGUAUUUGUGUUGUUGUAAGAAAAAGUCGACGGCAAAUGUCUCAACGCGCCAAUGCCAGGCGUCAAAAACGAAUGGUUGAGGAAUCGAAAGCUGCAUUGAUGCUCAGCUUCAUGUUUGCUGGAGUAUUAGUUUGGGUCACUGUAACGGCCUAUCUUGGGGAGGUAGAACGCCAUAAGGAGAAAUAUUUAGGUAUGAAUCUUGGCCGAUUUGCCUUGUCUAUCUUCAACCCUGUGCUCUACACUCUGAUGAAGUCGGAUUUCCAGGAAAAGGCAAAAGAAGAUUUAUUCAGAGUCAAAAAAGCUUUACAGUCUAUAUCAUGCAAAAUAUGGCUGAAGGGACAAAGAAACUGCAACAAUGACCAACAAACAGAGCCGAAAUCUAUAGAGCUUCAAAUAGUAGGAGCGCAUUCUUCUCGGGAGUAAAUGGCGGAAGUAUUAUCGUAAAUGAUAUUGACUAUAAACGACAACCCCAUCCCUGGCAACUAAAAUUUCCAUUGCCUGGUCAUGUUCUCCACUAGGAUGGCAUAAUUCCCAACUGUUUUGCGUGUCAAAGUGACAAGUUCUAUAAAGAUGUACAGAACAUUACAAUUGGCUAAGACUAAUUGAAUUAAUAAGUUACAAAAACUACAACUAAGAAGCAAACUUUCAUAAUUGGUGUAGAUUUCUUCUUUUCUUUUGAUGCUGAUUUUGGUUCAUAUGUCUCACGUCAGGGUAACCACUCACUACACAUGGAACUCCCUUCCAAUAUCUCGUAUUUUAUCUUACCUAUACCACAUUGCUUAAUGUAAAUGAGAUCCAUAUUGGAAACCUCUUUCAAGUCUAGAUGAUAUACAACGGAUUAAUAAGUUGAUUCUGACACUCGUACCAGCCUUCUUCAGCAAAAGUAUUGCAUUGGCUUAGACAGAAAUGGCGGCACUGCAGCAAAUAUUUUUAGCUAAUCAAAAUUGAAAUGGCUACAGAAAGUUUCAUAAAAGUCAUAAGAUGACCUUUUUAUUUGGAAAAUGAUGGCAACAGUAUCAAGGUUUAAUACUGAAAACAGCAAAUACAAGAAUAUUCUUGAUUUUUGUCAUUUUCUAAACAAUAUCAACAUUGCAAAGACACGAAAAUAAUAUCUUAUAAAAAUGAACUCGGGAUUACUUACUUUAUUCUUGGAUGUUUAGAACUGCUUCUUUUUCUCACUGUUGUUGGAGAAUAUGCGAAAGGUUUUUGUCGGGGGCCUAAUUUCAGCGGCCGCUUCGUGAUCAAUUGAAACAGAACUCAGUCAAUAAAAUUUGUCAGGCCCAUCUUUUCCAGCCAAUUGCGAUGUUGUUAAGAUAACAAAUAAUGCUGAAUAUUUUCUUAGCAUAAUUUGAAUGUUUGCCGCUGCUCUUUGAAACGAAGUUUUUUCUUCCCCCCAGCUUUUUCGCUUAAGACAGUUUGACUUGAGCUGGUAAAUGUGAAAGUUUUUUGCAAGGUGCUGGGUUGGCAAAACUUCAUAACACUAUAGUUGGAUGCAAUUUAUAUAACUACUGAAUCAGCUUGGAUAGCAAUCUUUUUCACGUGUAAUACUGAAAUAGCAAGCUGGCACGGACUAAACCUUUGAAUUGGCUUUGUUUUAAUUUUUAUAAGCGAAAUGAAACUUGCUUGUGUAUCUGGUUGUCUUCAGGUAUUUUUGACUCUUGAACCGUUUAUUUUUUAUUUUUCAACAAAUGCCGAUAGUACUUUCCUGAUAGCAUUAUAAAGGUUAUACAAGCAACUUGAUUCUAUUUGUCAUUAAUGUAUGGAAAGUAUUCAAGCCAUUUCGAAAUUAUUGUAAUAAUUAUGAAUCAUGGACCUUACGAAAUAACUAUGUCUUGAAGGCUGUCGUUUUACUCUUUUCCUUUAUAGAGCAAUUCUGUUUGUUUUGCUGAAAGCUUUUAUGUCGUUAAAAAGUAACGAUGAGCCUCGUUGCUCAAUUGCCUCGUUGCCCAGCAGCUUUGUUGCCCAACGGCUUCGUUGCCCAACGAAGCUUCGCUGCCCAACAGUCUCGUUGCCCAACGAAGCUUCGCUGCCCAACGGCCUCGAUUCUGAACGGCCUCGAUUCCGAACGGCCUCGGUGCCCAACAGUCUUUUUUCUCAUUUCGCAUAUGUUGGCGAAUGGCUGGAGCUAGCAUAGAAGACCACUACCAUCCCAUCUGCACAUGUUAGAAGUUAUUUUCAUAAAAAAUUUAAAGCACCCUUUUUACCGUGAAACAAAAGCCUUAACCAGAGAAGCAGUAAACUAAAUUACCCGACGCAAGUUGUGUUUUUAAAAAUGUAAUUGUUUCCAAUGUAAUGGACAUUUUUCAUUUUCCAUUUGUUGGUUUACUUUGGCGGAUAUUUUAAAAGGUUUUAAUGGUUUUAUGUUUUAAUCUGGUUUGAAGUUAAUUUUCUUGUUGAAACGUUAUUUGAGUUUUUGUGAAACAUUGUUACAAUACUAUGUGAAAUUUUUGUUUUUUUUCUCUGUUUCACAACUUUCUCAAACCCUCAAUGUCAAUCUUACUGAAUAUUCAUUUCUCUAGACUUAAAAUGAAAAAUUUAUCGUUAAACUAAAUUCCCAUUGAAUUAUGCUUACGAUUGUG